GGAGCUAUUUCUACCUGACCUAACCUGUAAAACCUUUAAAACAUUUUGUUGGUGUAACCUAAUAUAUUCAGGUUAAUUCAGUGAUGUUAAAUAAUCUUUUUGAAUUGAAUAAAAUUUAGAUGUUACCACAAGUAACAAAGUUCUUAGGAUGGGGUGCAAGGAGGAAGCGGUAGACGGCGAAAUUAAACUCAAACAGGUAAUUUAUUUUAACGCAAGAUUUGAUUUUCAGCACACAAGAUUUUGGUUUUCAGCACUGCUCUCUAACGAGUCUCUAUGGGCAUGUGUCUCUCUCCUCACUGGCAUUCGACUAGCUCUUAAAACCCAUCUCCACUCUCACUGCAAUGACAAACAGCUGUUAGAGACAAUCAUUGCCAGGUGAUGAUCCUUACCGUUCUCAUCUCCUGAUCUCGCUCUCCAUUCACAAGCUGGUGCUCAGCCAUGUCCCUACCACCACAUACCCCCAUCGCCUGACUCAGUCCAGGGAGCCAUCUGGCCUGCCCAGUAUUUUUGGUCUUGGGUCUCAGGCAGGCCACAACCAAUGCAGUCUCAUCAAUUUGGGGGCGCACCUGCCCGUGUCCCAAGUGGAAGCCCAGAUACCGUACCUCCACCCAUCCAAUUGCGCACUUCUUGGGGUGUGCCGUGUGUCCCACCUGUCACAGUUACCUCAGAACUGCCCCCAGAUGCUGCAUAUGCCGCUGCCAAUCAUUACUCUAUAUAAUGAUGUCAUCCAGAUAGGCAGCGGCGUAUGCAGAGUGCGGUCUGAGGACUCGGUCCAUAAGACGCUGAAACGUAGCCGGGGCCCCAAACAAACCAAACGGAAGGGUUAUGAAUUGGUGUAAGCCAAACAGUGUGGAGAAGGCCUCACGGGAAAUUGGUGGGAAAAGGGGAUCUGCCAAUAACCCUUUGUUAAAUCCAGUGACGAAUAAAAGCGAGCUGCACCCAACCGAUUGAGCAGUUCAUCAAUAUGGGGCAUUGGAUAUGCGUAAAGUGUAUACACUGCAUUGACAUUUUUAUUAUACACACAGAACCGGACUGAGCUGUCGCUUUUCGGAAACAACACCACCAGGCUGGCCCAGUCACUGUGGGAUUCUUCUAUUACCCACAUAUUGAGCAUGGCCUUUAAUUCUUCUCAAACCACUUUUUUUGUGCUCGGGUAAUUGGUAGGGACGACUGAGUACCACUACCCCUGGGGUUGUUUUGAUAUGGUGUUUUAUGAGGUUCAUAUGACCGGGAAGGGGUGAGAAUUCUCUUUGCAACCGGGCCACGUCCAUGAUUUGCGACGGUGAGAGGUGGUCUCCGCAAGUGACUGGGGUGCCGCGAUUGGCUUUUAAGUUCACCUCUGGCCCAAGCUCCUCCCUCUCUGGUACCACCGUCGCCAAAGCCACGCCUCCCUCCACGGUUUUAAGAGGUUGAGGUGGUAAAUUUGCCAUGCUCUGCCCCGAUCCAUUAGUUUAACCUCAUAAUCGACUUCCCCGACUCACCGUGUGACCUCAAAGGGCUCGUGCAACUUUGCGAGUCAUUUAGAGCUUGAUGUGGGUAGUAAUACAAGGACUUUAUCUCCCUGUGUAAACUCCCAUUGCCGAGCUCCCCUGUUGAAUUUGUUUUUGCUGUUUGAAUGUCCCUCCUCCUAAUUUUCCCUCAUGACAUCUAAGACAUCAUGAGGCUUACGCCCAUACAAUAAUUCAAAUGGGGAGAACCUCGUGGAGGCUUGUGGGACCUCUCGAACUGCGAAUAACAUUGGUUCAAGCCACUUAUCCCAUCUCCGAGCAUCUUCGUGCAUGAAAUUAUGAAUCAUGUGUUUCAGGGUUUUAUUAAACCGUUCGACCAAGCCGUCCAUUUGCGGGUGGUACAUGCUUGUCCGAAUCAAUUUAAUGCCCAAUAAUUCGUAUAGCUCGUAUAGUGUACGUGACAUAAAAGUAGUGCCUUGAUCAGUGAGGAAUUCUUUCGGAAUCCCCACUCAGGAGAUAAUUCUGAAGAGUGCCUCCGCAACACUAUGUGCUGAGAUGUUGCACAAAGGCACUGCUUCGUGUUGCGUAGUCCACCAGAACCAACACAAAGUGAUGCCCAUGUGCCGUACGCUCUAAUGUCCCGACGAGGUCCAUACCAAUUCUUUUGAAGGGGACCUCAAUCAAAGGAAGUGGCGCAAAGGCACUUUUGGGAUGGCUGGCGGAUUUACCAGCUGACAUUCACGGCAUGCCGCACACCAUCUGCGAACAUCCCCGCGAAUGCCCUGCCAGUAGAAACAUGCCAUUACACAGUUCAGUGUCUUUUCCUGCCCUAAGUGACCCGCUAUCGGAUUAUAAUGAGCCGUCUGGAAUAACAUGUCCCGACAGUUCUUCGGCAUCAAUAACUGGGUUGUAUCUUCCUUUGUCUGAGCAUCCUGUGUCACUUGAUACAACUGGUCAUUUAUAAUAGAAAACUACGAAUAUGCGAGUGCAAUGUCUGGCUGAAGAUUUUGACCAUCAAGCACAGACACUAUGCUUUUGUCCCCAGAAUUGAAUUGUCACAGUCACUAUAGGAUAAUCGUGGAUAUCCCCAUGCACACCUUACCUUCACCUUGUGACUAGCACCCAAAGCCUCGUCUUGAACCAGGCAUUGAUGGAUGGAGGUUUAGCUGCAACCCUAAUCCACCAAGGCCUGGUAUGUACCCCCCUUAAUACUCACGGGUAUGUGGUACAUCCCAGCUUGAUCAGGGGUGGCCUGCGGCGCGUCGGAGACCCAAACCAAUGUCCCCACCUCCAUCACCGGGCAUUUCCGGGACCAAUGGCAGCGGGUCCACCAACCUGGGAGUGAGAGCGGAGAGGGGCAGGGGAAACCGGCGGAUAGUGCAGUUCCCGGAGCCGGGGAGGAGGAAUAGGAUGAGAGGAAGGGGAGGAGAGAGAGUGAGGGGAGACAGGAGGGGGAGAAGGAAAAAAAGAUCUAAGGGCUCACCGGCUCCCGAAUACACUGCCAUAUGAUCUUCUGCCAGCUGGAUGGCCGUUUGGAGUGAUGCUGGGCAGUGGCACUGGACCCAAUCCGCUGUCCCUCUCAGAAUCCUAGCAAUAAACUGCUCCAGUACCACAAGGUCGAUCAUAGCCCUGACAUUGCGUUGCUCAGACAGCAACCACUGCUUGCAGGCGUCCCGGAGCUGUUGGGCGAAGGCGAAUGGCCGGCCGUGCUCGUCCAGGGUCAAUGAGCGGAAGCAUUGGCGCUGUUGUUCUGGUGUCCAGCCGACACAUUGCAGAAUGGCUUUCUUCAAAUCGGCAUGCACCAGUAGGUUCUCUGCUGGCAACUGCUGCGCUGUAAGUUGGGCCUCCCUGGACAACAGCAGUAACAAGUGGACCACCCACUGGCUGCUUGGCCAACUGCAUGCCCCCGCCGUCUGCUCAAAAAGCUCCAAGAGAGCCUCGGGGUCAUCCUUGGCAGAUUGGUUGCAGCUCCUGCUCCAUGCACAGCUCGAGGAGGGCUUGAUGCUGCGACUGGUGGAUGCUGGCGAGGGUCUUGAACAUUUCCUCCAGAGUUGAGGCCUCCAUGGCAGCGUUCUUCCUCCUUCAACUUCCCAGGUUUCGGCACCAGUGUAACAAAGUUCUUAGGAUGGGGUGCAAGGAGGAAGCGGGAGAUGGCGAAAUUAAACUCAAACAGCUGUUAGAGACCAUCUUUGUCAGGAGUGUUGAUUUUGAAUGUCUGCCCACAUUUGGAUACAGACAUCUGCUUUCAUUAACCAGCAGUACAGACAAGUUUAAUGAGAUAAUCUCAAAACAGCGUGUAUCAGCCAACAUUGACGUGCCAGAGGGUGGUUUUGAUGCCAUCAUGCAGGCAGCUGUGUGUGGGGAUAGGAUUGGUUGGCGGAAUGAUUCCAUGAAGUUGCUGGUAUUCGUGAGCGAUGCAGACUCUCAUUUUGGGAUGGACAGCAAAAUGUCUGGCAUUGUUGUUCCUAAUGAUGGGGAGUGUCACCUGGACAGCAAUAAUGAGUAUUCCAUGACUACCCAUCUGGAGUAUCCAACAUUAGGGCAGCUCAUAGAGAAGCUGGUUGAAAACAAUAUCCUCCUCAUAUUUGCUGUGACUGACAACCAGAGACAGAACUAUGAGAAUUAUGCAAGUCUGAUUCCUGGAGCUACUGUGGGGGUGUUGGAGACCGAUUCAAGAAACAUUCUGGAACUUAUCAUGACUGCAUAUAAGGAACUGAGAUCAGAGAUUGAUCUAGAGGUUCUGGGCGACACAGAGGGUCUGCAGAUUUCCUUCACAGCACUCUGUCAGGACGGGACCAUCCUCCCCAGGCAUAAAAACUGCUCCAAUGUCAAAGCUGGUGAUGUGGUAUCCUUUAACGUUACAGUCGAGUUAAGGGGCUGCCUUACCGGUCUACAACGGUUUUCCUUGCGGCCGGUGGGCUUCCAAGAUGCCCUAGAGAUUGAGCUGGAGUCUCAGUGUGUGUGUGACUGCCAUCAAACCCCCGAACCGAACAGCACUCACUGCAGCCAUGGAGCGCUAGAUUGUGGAGCCUGUGUGUGUAAUCCAGGAUUUGUGGGGCCGAAGUGCGAGUGCAUAGAGGACCAAGAACAAAUCAGUGACUGCAGAGCACAUGAAGGUGCUGAGAUGUGCAGUGGCCAGGGCGAGUGUUUCUGUGGACAGUGUGUGUGUCACCCGUCCAGUUUUGGACAUGUGUAUGGACCGUACUGUGAGUGCGACGACUUUUCCUGCCUCAGAUUCAGAGGACAGCUUUGUGGAGGUCAUGGGAAAUGUGACUGUGGGGAGUGUGUGUGUCACACCGGUUGGAUGGGGGAGUUUUGUAACUGUAGCACCAGCAGCAACUCAUGCAUGUCUGUGGAUGGAUCCAUCUGCAGUGGACGGGGCAAGUGUGUCUGUGGAAAGUGCGAGUGUACCGUUCCCGGAGCCUCGGGAGAACGUUGUGAAAGGUGCACUACCUGUGGAGACAUCUGUAGUUUACCCAGGUCUUGUGUGGAGUGUUACCUCAAAGCUAAGGAUCCAUCAGACGAGUGUUCCUUAAAAUGUAACUCUCUUCACACCACUGUCAGCAAUUCCACAGACUUUGAGGAGAGCCGGGCGGCACUGUGCACAUUGCAGAGUGAGGAUAGCUGCCUGCUGUCUUUUAGCCUGGUGGACAGCGAUCAUGGCAGCACCAUCUACAACCCCAAACUUUACGACUGUCCCGAGCCUCCAAACGCACCACUGAUCGCUCUGGGUGUGUGCAUGUCUGUCCUCAUCAUUGGCAUUGUGCUCUUGGUGAUUUGGAAGUUUCUCAUUUCUGUCCAUGACAGGAAAGAGGUUGCCAAGUUUGAGGCAGAGAAGGCGAAAGCAAAAUGGCAAUCGGGCACAAAUCCUCUUUUCAGGAGCUCAACAUCAACAUUUAAAAAUGUGACCUACAAAAGUGCAGGGCAGCAGAAGCGUGACGUUUCUUAGGACUACUGACCAAAAGUUAAAAACACAGAACACAAAUUUCUUUUUACCAAGAGCUAUCACUGUUUUGUUUUUAUUUUUAUUGAAUUUGUUGUACUGUAUAAGUGAGACACUGUGUAUUUGUUUGGGUUUCCAUAGCUAUAGUUUGGGGACAUCUGGGAGGAUCCUUAAUUGGGAAAAUGAAUCGUACAUUAUAGACAUUAUAAUUAGCUUUAUAAUUAGCUUCAUAUAUACUGAGAAGAACUCAGUAUAUAUAUAUAUAUAUAUAUAUAUAUAUAUAUAUAUAUAU